ACAAAGCUUUAAAGAAGGCAUAAACGGCAGUGAUAAGCAUGGCUGAGCUACUAUUUUGGUUGACACAAGUCCCCCUGUUUACUCUGGGAGCAUGAGAGCGGACAUCAGGACUGUGAUCCCGGCAUUGGGGAUCUUCAUUUUCAAACUGUGCCACCGCAAAAGUCUGCUUUCAAACAGGGAAGAAGGUAAAGUUUUUGCGAGCUAGUGGGUUCGAUAGAAAUCUUUAACAAAAUGCAGAUCUCCAGAACCUUUCUGUUCCGGGUGUGUUUGAGUUUGGUGGUUUCGACCGGCUCCUGCACCUGUAAGCCUCUCACUAACGACAUCCAAGGCGAGGACCUGGAGGAAUUCUACUCUCAGCUGACAGAGGACAUUCUGGAGGAGGAAGAUGCAGACUCGAGGAUGGAGAACCUCCUGGGAACCAUGAAGGAGGGUUUUCUGAGGCAACUCAACCUGUCAGAUGUUCCUCAGGAGCACAGCAAGAUCUUCCCCCCUCAGUUCAUGAUGGAGUUGUACAACAAGUACGCCUCGGACAGCUUGGCAGUACCUCAGUCUGAUGUCAUACGAAGCUUCUCUGUCCAAGAUAUCCCUCUCUCUGUGACUGAUGGCACAAAGACCAAACACAGGCUGCAGUUCAACGUCAGCAUCCCCAGCCAUGAAAAGAUCACCACUGCUGAGCUACAGCUCCUCUUCUUCCCGGAUGCCGGGUCGAAGGUCACCCCCCACAGUUUCAAGGCCAUCGUCAAAGUCUAUGAAGCUGAUUACAACAAUUUCACAUCACAACUACUCGUCGGCAAAGUGGUGAAAGGCUCGCAGAGCACAUGGGAGACAUUCGAUGUGACCACAGCGAUCCAGAGGUGGAUCAGGUCGGGACGUGCAGCUACAGUUUUUGAUAUAGUGGUGGAUAAGAAGCACUGCGGGGCUCCUGAUAGUGGAGAGGAAGGAACCAGCUGUUUAAAUAUGAGCGUGUCUGUUGGAGAUAAUACCUCGGCCGCUUUAAUAGUCUUCUCAGAUGACCUUGGUAGCAGGAGGAGGGAGAUGAAGAAAGAACUAAGAGAGAUGAUCCUUCAUGAAGAGGAAACCAUCCUACACUCGGGCGCCGACUGGAGCAGAGGAAAUCAACUUCCAAACGAGAUCCCGGAGGCUCAGCACCCACGGAGAAAGAAAAGAAAAGCAGAGAGGGAAUACUGCCGGAAAACCUCGCUCAAGGUCAACUUUAGAGACAUCGGCUGGGACAGCUGGAUCGUGGCGCCUCCAGAAUAUGACGCCUUUGAAUGUCGAGGAAUGUGUUACCACCCGCUGACGGAUGAAUCAACCCCGUCGAAGCACGCCCUCAUCCAGACACUGAUGAACAUCAAGGACCCCAGAAAGGCCAACAUGGCAUGUUGUGUCCCCAUCAAACUGGACCCCAUCACAGUCAUGUAUCAGGAGAAUGGACGACUCACCAUCAGAUACCUGUAUGAGGAGAUGAAGGUGGCAGAAUGUGGCUGCAGGUAGUCAGAGAGGGCUGGUCUGUCCUGCUGCUAGCAGAGGUGAACAUGAGUCUAAGAAGAGGUGUUGCAAUAUACCAGCAUUGACAAUGACCAUGGUAUUUAAUGAAAUGUUGACAUAAUGCUAAUAUACCAAAUGAUAAUGUAAAUAAUCAAGCGUCAAUUAUUAUCUGGUUUGCAAUCCAACACAGGAACAACAUACAGUACGGAUGUAGUUACAGACUCUCUCCACCUCCCAACGUUCCUAUUUUCAGUGUAAUUAAUUUGCCAAACAGGAGACAAAACACAAUAAACGAAGAGGAACUUGGUGAUUUUUUUGUUUGUUUGUGUGUUUGUAUUUUAUUUUUUUACAGAUAUUGCAAUAGUAUUGUUUUUGUGAGUUCUUUUCUGGCCACAUUAUUUAUGAUGGUAAAAUCUGAUUUUCAUUUAGUUCAGUCUGACGUUCACAAGUGACGGGUUGCGACCUCCACUGGCCCAAGAAGACACAUGGAAAUCCAUAUACAACCAUACCUCCAUCUCCAUUAUUUCACAUUUAUAAGCCACAAUCAAACGAUUUCCUAAGGCUCAUUCUGUGUUCUGAGUGUUUUUUCAUUUUUUCCAAAUAAUUCUAAACUAUAUUUAAAUAAGAAAAGUUUUUCAAGGUUUUUCAGUGUGUUACUUAACAAUAUGCCUAAGAACACAUAGCAUCAAAUGCUGUUUCCAAAUUGGGCAGGCUUAGCGUGGAUGUAGCUAAUAUGCUAACAAAGAAACUAAAGAGCUUGCUGGCAUUCACAUGGUAAAGUAAUCUCAUCCACGAAGGUAUUCAUUAUCAGAAUUAAAGUUUCAUAAAUAAUAGAUGAAAACUGACAGUGGGAAUUACUUUAUGUUCUGCUUUCAGGGAGUGUGAUUGCUUGAAUGGUUAAAGUGGUCACUUCAUUGGCCACAAAGAACAGAGUAGAAUAGAAGAUUUGUGAUUGCACAUAGACUGAACAUUAAUGAGUCUGAAACUGAAGCCAAUGUGGUAGUGUAUUUAACCUGCAUUCUUACUAACAGCCAGCAGGGGGCGACUCCUCUCGUUCCAAAAAUAAGUCUGAUUGUAUAGAAGUCUCUGAGAAAAUGCCCAUACGUCUCACUUCAUCUCUUAAAUCAAUAAACAUUUUCCUAUUGAGCUUAUGGUCUCAAUCACCAGUUUCAAGUCUCCUUCAAUACAGCAUGUGUUUAUUAAAUUAUGAUCCCAUUUAGAAUAAAAUGGACAGUAAAGCUGUAGGGUGUGGCUACCUUCUGAUCUGACAAUUAGCUACCGUAUCAGUGUGCAUGACGUCUUGGAGUUCUCAGUCAGAUUCACCCUAGAUGACCAUGGCCAAACUUUAUUCAUAUAUAUCAUUAUCAAGUUAUAUGAUAAUAAUUUUGGGUUGCACUUUUCAUCGGAUGGUUAGAGAACCAAAUUAACAUACAUGUGGCGUUGUUGAAGUGUUUUGUUUUUUUGAAGUAAACGAAAGGAAACGGACACAUUUUAUAUUUAAUUCUUGUUAUUUGUAUAUAAAAAGCUUUCCAUUUAAGUGUCUGGGAUUAAUGUGUUCAACUAUAAGACGAGUAAAAUUGCAUUUCUAUUUUGAAGUAAUGUAAAAAAAAAAUAGAACACAUGCAUGUACAAAAUAAUGUUAAAUAUAUAUAUAUAUGAUUUUUAAGUACAUAAAUGGUUUUCGUUUUUUAGUUUAAUUAGUAAACUUAUUUACUAUUACAACAAGUACAAAGACAUUUUAUUUUUGCAAAAGGUUUAAGAGGAUUCAUAAUGCUAAUGUAAAUCUGUAUACCGCUAUUGGAAGUGUAUUUUGUUUAUAUUGACAUAUAUCUAGAAAUACUCUGUAAAUUACUGCCAUACAAACUUGAACUGCUUAGACAUGCACACCACAUUCUGCCAUAAAAUAAGUUGUCUCUAUAUAAGCUAUACAGAACGGCAGUAGCAAACACCUACAGACAUAAGUCUGUAUCUGUAUUCAUGUUCCUUCUGACAAAAAUAAUCCAGACAAUGAUGGAAAAUAAAAAUUAAAAAAAAUCUGUUUAAUAAAAUGUGUUUUCCUCUGUGCACAGGUUUCUACUGUCCUGUAUGUCUCGUGAUGUCUACAUUUUCUUCCAACCCUGAAAUAAAUAAAGUUCUUGCAGAAAAUCAUGUUACAAAAUUAAAUUUAAAGUCGAAUCACUCAUCAUACAUUUACUGCAUUUGGUAACUUUUUAGGAUAUUAAGACACAAGAUACAGAUAUUCAGACAAUCCGGCACAGAAAAGGUGGUAACCAGAUAGGUGAGUGAGGAGACAGGA